UAGUGAUGUUAAUAAUUUCUUUUUUUUGAUCUUUUUGUCUAAUUCAUUAAUUGAUUUGAUGAUUGGUGAAUAAUGAAAAAAGUGCCAAUAUUUUUCAUACACCCACAUUGUUGUGGUUGAUUAUGGUGAUAAUGUGUAUUCCUUUUUUUUGGGGGGAAGAGAAAAAUAAUAGUACAAAUUUUCAUUCAAUUCUGGACCAAAAUUAAUUCUGGAUUUCAUCGAUGGUUUAAUAAUAACAUCAUCGACAUGAAUCAAUGCCAACAAUAAAUUGUGGCCGAUAUAUUAUCAUCUGUUCAAUUUGAAUUGUGAAUUUGAAAUUUUUUUAACUUUCAGUUUUCAUGACAAUUUAUGAAUGAAAUUUCAUUGUUAUUUGUUCAAGUGGUGUCAAUGAUGUUUCGGUUUUGAGAGUAAAGUUGUUUUUUUGUUGUUGUUGAAAACAAUGUACAUUCUUUUGUUGUGUUUGUGUUUUGGCAUUCACAAUGACUUUUGAAAUCUGUUAUUUUCAUAAACAUCGACUGUCAACAUUUUAUUAUUAUUUUUCGAAUGAAAUCCAUCCAUCCAUCCAUUCAAUCAAAACAAACAUCGAGUUAAUUGUCUCCAUCAGAAAAUAAUAUAUACAAACCACGUGUUUGUGAUGAUGAUGUUUUUCGCUGAAAUUUGACACGAUAAUUAUGUUAUUCAUUAUAUCAUUAAAUUAAGAAUAAUGCAAGAAUUUCAAAAUUCUCUUUAUCGUUAUCAGAUGCCAGAAUUUUUUUUUCUUUUGUUAAAAUUUAAUGAAAGAAAAAAUGAAAAUUUUUAAUAACAUUUAAUUGGAUGACAUUGGUACAUUGGUUGUGUUUGACGUUGAAUAAUAAUAAUAAUAACCAAAUUUUUUUUUCGACAAUCAAAAUUAACAUUUGCAACAACAACAAUAAAAAGGCAUCGAAAUCAAAAUAGAAAUAAAAUAAAAAAACGCACGUGAACGACAAACCAACGAUAAGAUAUCAAAUCAGUAAGAAGAAGUGAAAAACAACAACAACAAUAUUUCAAUUAAAUCAUUUUGUGUGUGUGUGGGUGGUAUGUUUAUUUGUCCAUUUUUCAUCACCUACCACACUAGUGUAUCGAAAAAACCUAUUUCAAUUAACACACCCAUCCAACCACUGGACAACGUCGUAGAAGAUCACCUCUCUAUACGACAAAACAACAACAACAGGCUGUUUGGUUCUAUAAAUUCAAUGUUUGAUUAAUUGAAAUAUUCGCAAAAAUGUCCUCCAUUUUUCAAUCCAGUUUGUUUUUUGUUGCUGCUUUCAUAAUUUUCAUAUUUAACAUUGAAAAGACAAUCAUUUCUAGAUCACAUCAUCCAUCAUUACCAUUAUUGAUUGCGUGAUUGAUUUGUGAUCAUAAACGAAAAAAAAAUAAGAGAAAAAAAUCAAAACGAAUCGUAUCGAGCAACAGACAAAUACGAAAAUAAAAUAAACCAAAAAUGCAAAAAAUGGUUUAUUCAUGUUCCAAGUGCCAUAAAGCCAUCACCGAACCGAUGGUAUCGAAAUGUGAUAAUCGCUAUUGGCAUUCAUCAUGUCUCACAUGUCAAAUGUGUGGCCAUACACCGUCGGUGGUUGGUGAACAAUCAAUGUAUAUGUUUCGUGGUUCAUUAAUAUGUAAAAAUGAUUAUAUGCGUAUUAAUUGCGUUUGUAAAACGUGUUCAAGACCACUAAGCCAAAGCGAUAUGGUGAUCAAAGCCAAUGGUUAUGGAUAUAUGCAUGAUAAAUGCGUUUUUUGUGGACGAUGUCAACAUCGUCUUGAAACCGGUGAUCGAUUCAUGCUCACCACUGAUCAAAUGAUUGUAUGUCAGAAAUGUAUUAUGCAACAACAUCCACAAGGUCCCCCCGGUUCUGGUGGUGGUGGUGUUGGACCGAACGCUACACCUCCACAGCAUCCAAUGCAUUCACACCCACAUUCACAGAUGGUCAAUCCAACGCCUAUGGGCCCUAUGAUGCAACAGCAUGGUGGUCAUGGGCCACCACCACCAAUGCAUGGCCAUCAUUCAUCUCCUAUGGGGCCAGGGGGUGGAGGUCAUCAUGGUCAUGGGCCACUGCCACCACAGUAUACUCAUCAUCAUUCUCAACAACAACUAGGACCACCGCAAAACCAUCAUGGCGGCCACCAUUCACACGGUCAAGGACCAUUACACGGACAACAACAAAAUUUCGGACCACAACAGCAUCAACAACAUCCUCAUCCUCAACAUUCAUCACAUCCAUCCCAUACACAUCCACCACCACCGCAUCCAUCUUCAAAUUUUAUGAUGGGCGGUGGACAACCCAAUGGAUAUCAACCACCACCCAAUCAAAAUAACAAUAACGGCUCCAACAAUAUAAAUGGAAUGUAUGGAGGCCAUCACCAUCCACAUCAUCACCAUCAUCAUCAUCAUCACCCUCAUAUGGGCCAUCAAACAGGGAUGGCAAAUUCUAAUGGGCCACCUAAUGGUCAACAACCACCACCCCCUCAAUCAGCUCCAAAUGGUCUUGGACCUGGAGUUAAUAAUGCCAACACAAGAGCAACACCGCCAACAUCAACGGCAACAAAUAAUACGACAGGCAAUACGACGACAAAUACAACAUCAACUGGUGGAGGCGGUGGCGGCCGCCGUGGUCGAAAAAGAAACACACAGGUCAAAGAAGAAUUUUGAUUUAAUUUGAUGGCUCGAAUGCCAAAAAAUUUUGUGAGUGGCCAUAAUUUUUUCUAAUGAAGAAUCUCGUUUCAAAGAUUCAAACGAUUGCUCAAAUGACAAAAAAACUCAUUUUUUGAAAUUUCUCCUAUUCUGUCAAUAAAUUGCCAUUUCACAUUCAUUCAUUCACAUACUCACACACAGAGGCAAUGAUUAUUUAGAUAAAUCAAAACCCAGAUCAU